AUGAGUGUAGCGAAUGAAAUAAUUUCAAACGACAAACACAGGUCUGAAUCUGUAUCUUCCCACACCUCGGGGUUCAUCCCACCUCCUCCACUCCCAAUUCAAGCAGUAACAGUUUCUUCUAGAAGCUUUUCCGUGAAGUGUCUUCAGGACUUUCUCAAAACAGAAGGAAAAGAAAUUGAACAAGAAACGAAUAGAGAUGUAGAAGCUUUAACCGAGCUGAAGAAAAAGCUGGUCCUUGAGGCUAAACAAAAUUGGGUGAUUGAGCAACAAGUUGAAAUUCUUGGAAAUAAGAUUAGACUUUUAAUUAAGAACCAUGUUCAAGCUGAGGAUAUGAAAAAUCUCUUGGACUCCUCCUUUGAAAAGGUCAAGAUGAAAACUCGAGACGACACCCAAGCAUUUAGGGACGAAGCAAUUCAAAUUUAUCAAAAGAUGUUUUAUAUAUUUCGAAAGGAUCCAAAAUACCUUGCAAUUUUGACACGUUUGGUGCGAGGAAAGGAGGUUGAUACAUUUCUGCAGACAGUUGUUUUUACUUUAUUCGGAGAUCAGUUUGAUGAACGAGAAGAGCAUUUGCUUUUAAUUCUGUUUGAGAGGGUUCUUGCCAAAGAGUAUCAAACUUGUCCCUAUAUUGGCGAAUUUAUGAGAUCAAAUACUGCCUUUACGAAAAUGUUGGGAACCAUGCUUCGCAGAACCAUGUACCACAAAUUUCUAGUGAAGGUCCUGAAAGAACCAAUAGAAACCGUUAUUAACGACAAGACACUGAAUUUGGAGAUUAACUCUCACAAGAUUUAUCACACUCUAGUGCAGAAAGCAAAACAAGAGGGAAAACCAUGGGAUGGGCCAUUGAAUGCCACUGAAGACGAGGCAGAGAAUGAUCCGAGAGUCAUUGAGGUCAUUAGGCCCAGAGUUCAGAAAAUUAUUGAUGCAGUGGAGUCGUUUUUGACACGAAUAUUUGCAUCUGUAGAUGAAACACCUUAUGGUGUCCGAUUCAUGUGUAAAAGAAUUCUUCAAUUUGGAAAAGAGACCUACAGGAAUGCGUCCGAGGCAGAAAUCUAUUCACUUGUUGGAGGUUUAAUAUUUUUGAGAUGGGUGAAUCCAGCCAUUACAACCUGUGACAAUAACCAAACCAAUAUUAUUGAUGACAAAUUGACAACUAAUCAAAGAAAGAGUCUUACCAUGAUUUGUAAAGUCAUUCAAAAUCUAAGCAAUGGUGUCCCUUUUGGAUCAAAGGAAAAGUACAUGAUACCUCUCAAUGUAAUUAUAGAAAAAUAUACUGCUCAAAUGCAUCAAUAUAUGAAGAAAUUAUGUGAAAUUGAUGAGAUUGCCGACAAGUUAGAAAUUGGAGAAAUAUUUGAACUAUCUGGAGAUGUUGGAUCAAUUAACAUUUCUCAUAACGAGGUUGCACUGAUUCAUCGUCUUUGCUAUGAAAACAUUGAUACAUUAACAGCUCCAGUUUACAAUAAUUCCUGUGGUAGUGGUAAUCAAGAAAAGAAAGCAGUUGCCUCUGUUGGAGCAACUAGUUCCUCAGGUUGUUCCUCCGAUGCGUCAAACUCAAAUCGCAUAACUACAGAAGGACUACCCCGAACAGAAUUUGAUGAGUUAUUGUACAAAUUUUUACAACAGUUGAACAAGUUUGGCCCUCCUCCAGAUUUUCUCUCACCCAAAGCCAAUUACUACUUUAACUUGAAGCUUAAGAAUCCAUCACAAAUCAUUGAAAAAGAAGAGGGACUUGUACCCAGUACUGUAAAGAAACAAGUGAAGGAUUUACUGAGCACAAUUCUGAGAGACCUUCCAUCCUUACCACAAGAUGAAAUUCAAUAUACCAUCAACGACGUGCUAGUAGCAGGAGAGACACUUUGUAAUGAGCGACAAAAUUGGGAGUUUGCAAAAAGAAUUAAGACAGCCUUAGAACAACUUGACACUUUGCAGCAACAAAUUACAGACGAAGAACGAAAAGAAUUCGACUCGAUACUCAUUCGAGAAAUUUAUGAGGAAUUGGACACUAAAAGGCUCAUGAGAAAAACCUUAAAGAAAAAGCUUCAAGUACUGACUUCUGUUCUUAGUGAUGUGAAUGAGAAAAGAGAAGCCCUCAAAAAUCAGCUCGACAUGUACAAUACCUACUUUACAAAUACUCUCUCAAAGACAUUUAAACCCAGUGACCCUUCAUCAAACGACGGUAGACAGGUUGGACCUUUCACCUUUAAAUUUAGUGAGCUUGAAAAGAAGGGAGUUAUUGCCAAUAGUACGCUAGCAUCGCCCAUCAAAAAGCUUGUCAAGAUUCAAAUUUCUUCCACCAAGCCAGGUAUAUUUGUGGUUGUGGUGAAUGCUACAGGAGCUGUAGCCAUAAAAUCGGAGCUUGAUCUUAAUGAGCUUCUCGAGAAGCAAGCCAAUGAGGAGAAUUUCCUUGACUUUGAUAGUGUGACUCUAAAUAUUCCAAUGUUGAUUCAUUUGUUGAACAAGUUAUUCGUUUUGGGAGAUUCUAAACAAAAAUCGAAAAUUUUGCGAAAACCAAGAUCAAGCUCCGCACCAGCAUCACCCUCUUCAUCCACCUUGUCACCAUCGAAUAGUUUCGAGGCUGGCAGUUCAGUAGGUGAUUCAAAAAGUAAAUAA